AUAAGGGGACACAACUAGUAAACAUGCGUUUUUCAUAAAGGAGAUAAGAAAGUUGUCGACUGCAACAACAUGGGGAAGAAGCAACAUCAGAAAGAUAAGCUGUAUCUUACUAACACUGAAUGGAGGACUGAAUUUGGAGGUUUCAAGGAGAAACAAAAUGCUGAUAAAUUCCGUAGACUUCCUUUUCACUGUUGCAGCCUGUCAUUACAACCUUUUGAACAUCCUUACUGCACGAAGCAUGGUAUUAUAUAUGACUUGAUAAACAUUGUUCCGUUCCUGAAGAAAUAUGGCAAAAAUCCUGUCACAGGGGAGAAAAUGUCCAUGAAGCAGAUGAUUAAACUGAAUUUCUUCAAAAACUCCAGCGGAAAUUACCAUUGCCCAGUUACAUACAAAGUGUUCAAUGAAAACACCCAUAUCAUGGCUGUUGCUACUAGUGGCAAUGUGUAUUCAUAUGAGGCAGUGCAACAACUGAACAUUAAGACAUCAAAUUUUCAGGACUUAAUGACCAGUGAAUCUUUUACGCGUCAGGACCUUAUUACUUUACAGGACCCAUUACAUCUGAAUAAAUUUAACAUUUCUGAAUUCUUCUAUUUGAAGAAUGAUAUGAAAGUUAUUGAUGAAGAAUUAGAACAAGCCAAGAAAGAUCCAAAAUAUCACUUGAAAUGUAUUAAUUCAAUAACUAUGGAAGCUCUGAAAGAACUUGAUGAAGAAUAUAAAGCGAAGGAAACAAAACAAGCUGCUACCACAGGGAAGUUGGAUAAGUUGAAUUCUGCUCACUACUCAACAGGAGCUGUAGCUGCUGCAUUUACUUCAACAACAUUGGAUCCAAACACACAACACACACCAGCCAUCAUUGAUGAAGAGGUUCUUGUCUAUGAACGUGUGAAGAAAAAGGGCUACAUACGUCUCACAACCAACAAAGGAAUCCUCAAUUUGGAAUUACAUUGUGAAAUGGUACCAAAGACCUGUGACAACUUCAUAAAACUCUGUUCCAAUGGUUACUAUAAAAAUACCAUCUUCCAUCGGUCAAUUCGCAAUUUUAUGAUUCAAGGAGGAGAUCCAGAUGGAACUGGGAAAGGUGGAAAUUCUAUUUGGGAAAAACCUUUCAAAGAUGAGUUUAAGCCUAACCUAACACACUCAGGCCGUGGGGUACUGAGUAUGGCAAAUUCUGGUCCAAACACGAACAAGUCCCAAUUCUUCAUAACAUUCCGUUCAUGUGGCCACCUUGACAACAAACAUUCAGUAUUUGGCAAGGUUGUUGGUGGAUUGGAAACUUUGAAUAAAAUGGAGAAGAUUGAGACUGAUGAUAAUGACAAACCUUUGGAAGAUAUCAUAAUUGAAGACACCAUAGUGUUUGUUGAUCCAUUUAAAGAAGCUGAAGAACUGUUGAAGAAAGAACGAGAAGAUGAGAUAAAGAAAGAAGAAGAGGAGAAAGCUAAACUGAAAAGUUGGAAAGUUGAGAAGAAAAGUAGUGAAGAGAACAACCUUGUAGCUUUUAAACAAGGAGUUGGGAAAUAUAUCAACCCAUCUGUUAUGAAACGUUCUAAAGAAAGUGACACAUCAGACGUCUCAGAUACAACAAAAAAGAAAACAAAGUUAUCUACUGGUUUUGGUGACUUCAGUACUUGGUGAAAAACAUUGAAGUCAAAGCAUCUCUCUCAUCAACUCACUCUGGUUUGUGUUUUUUUUUUCAAUCAUAUCAUUGCUGGAUGAGAAUUGAUAAUUAUAAACAGUUAUAGAGAAACAAACCAGAAAUAUAUCAUGAUGAAUUUAAUUUUGCAUUAACAGAAAUGUUUAUGGUGUCCUGACGAGCUCUGUGAAUUGUAGAGAAAAGUUAAAUGUCAACCAAUUCCAAGACUCAGUUGUGAUUUCCAUAAGAAGACAUUUUACUUUCCUUUUGCUAACAUCUCUUGGAAAAUGCAUGAAUGCCACAAACCUUCAUUUUUCUUGUUUCCCUAAAUUUAUCUUCACAUGUCUUCUUUGUGUGUAAUGAAUCAGUUGUGGUUAAUAUCUUGAUAACACCAGAACAAGCCAGGCCUGCUUGCCUUCAACAUCCCACACAUGAUACAAUGACACAGUUGGUUGUAUGAGACAUUACUCCUUUCUUUCUCUGCCUCUCUCCCUCUCAUUUUCACCCAUUCUCUCUUUCUCCUUCCCUCUCACUUCUUCUGUAAAUAAAAUUAAUUUGUUUUUUGCC